UUUGGAACGGUUUUAAGUCAGCUGAAAAUAAGCACAAGCUUCAGUCUACCAGCUGCCUGCUUUGAGCAUAACUUGACCAGGAUCUGAACACCUCCAAAUGCAAAAAUGAUUUGGCAACUAACAUCUUAUUGGACACCUCUGGUCACACCCUUGAUUUCUGCCCUGCUGCUACAGCUCCCUCUUACUCACCUUUCCACCAUCCCACAGCCAAACGUUGUCCUGCUGAUGGCUGAUGAUCUGGGCAUAGGGGAUGUUGGUUGUUAUGGGAAUGACACUAUCAGGACCCCAAAUAUUGACCGCCUGGCAAAGGAAGGAGUGAGACUGACCCAACACAUUGCUGCAGCUCCACUGUGCACCCCCAGCAGAGCAGCUUUCCUCACUGGCAGAUACCCCCUCCGAUCAGGGAUGGAUGCUAUCAACAAUUACCGUGUUAUUUUUUGGAAUGGCGGCUCAGGAGGGCUUCCUCCAAAUGAAACCACUUUUGCCAAAAUACUGCAGCAGCAAGGCUACAGCACAGGACUGAUAGGGAAGUGGCAUCAAGGUGUUAACUGUGAAUCCCGCAACGACCAUUGUCAUCACCCUUUAAACCACGGGUUUGACUAUUUUUAUGGGAUGCCUUUUACACUAAUAAGUGACUGCCAACCAACAGAAACACCAGAGAUGGACAGAGCCUUUAGAAGGAAACUCUGGCUUUCCACUCAGAUGAUUGGCCUGGUUACACUCACUGCUGCCUUGGGAAGGCUGACCGGCUUGAUUUCCAUCCACUGGAAGAUGCUGACCUGCCUUGCUGGGUUUAGCCUCCUGUUCUUCAUAUCCUGGUUCUCAAGUUAUGGGUUUGUACGAUACUGGAACUGCAUUAUGAUGAGAAACCAUGAAGUUACUGAACAGCCAAUGGUGACAGACAGGACUACGUCCCUCAUCUUGAGAGAGUCCAUUUCAUUUAUUGAAAGAAAUAAGCAGAAGCCAUUCCUCCUCUUUCUUUCCUUUUUACACUCCCACACCCCUCUCCUCACCACAAAGGAGUUUCUUGGGAGGAGCAGCCAUGGCUUAUAUGGAGACAAUGUAGAGGAGAUGGACUGGAUGGUGGGCCAGGUUCUAGAUGCUAUUGACAAUGAAGGCUUGCAAAAUACUACACUAGUUUACUUUGCCUCUGAUCAUGGUGGAUGGCUGGAAAGACAAGAAGGCAAAAGGCAGCUGGGUGGCUGGAAUGGAAUAUACAGAGGUGGAAAAGCUAUGGGAGGCUGGGAAGGAGGAAUCCGUGUCCCAGGGAUAUUUAGAUGGCCAGGAGUGUUACCUGAAGGCACAGUUAUUGAUGAACCCACCAGCCUUAUGGACAUUUAUCCUACAGUAGUUAAUCUGGCUGGAGGGGUACUACCCCAGGACAGGGUUAUUGAUGGCCGGGACCUGAUGCCUUUACUGCAAGGAAGAGUUGAGCACUCAGAGCACGAGUUCCUGUUUCACUACUGUGGCAUUCACUUACAUGCUGUGCGGUGGCACCAGAAGGACAGUGGAGCCAUCUGGAAGGCUCAUUACGUGACCCCUGUCUUUCAUCCACCUGGGGCUGGGGCUUGCUAUGGAAAAGGCAUUUGCCCGUGUUUUGGGGAAGGUGUGACCCACCAUGACCCUCCGCUGCUGUUCGACCUCUCGCGAGACCCUUCUGAAGCCCAGCCUCUGUCGGCUGAGACCGAGCCCCUCUUUGGCACUGUGGUAGGGAAGAUUGGCAGAGCCGUGGAGGAGCACCGCAGGACACUGACCCCAGUCCCAGAGCAGCUCUCCUGGCACAACGCGGUGUGGAAGCCGUGGCUGCAGCCCUGCUGCGGGACGUUCCCAUUCUGUUGGUGUGACAAGGAAGGCGAUAAUGAACUCGCCAAGCUGUAAAGGAAAGAACCAGAAUUUCCUC